AUGCCGGACAUCAAGACCAAGGCUGGGAAGGGCGUUCGAAGGCCCCGGUUAGAGCCAACCGAGCAACAGCGUGCGGACAUCAAGGAAGCAUUUGAUCUCUUCGAUGUUGAGGGCACAGGUACCAUAGAUGCCAAGGAGGUGAGAGUGGCAUUGAGGGCCCUAGGCUUUGAACCGUCGAGAGAUGAGCUUAAGCGACUGAUAACAGAGGUUGAGAGGAACAAGAAAUCAGCGGGAAACACUGAAGGGACGGACAAACAGAGGAACACAGUGACUCAAGGCGCAGGACAACCAUCCUUGGGGCAACUGGACUAUAAUGACUUUUUGGAAAUUAUGAAAAUCAAAAUGAACGAAAAACCAACUCGAGAACAGCUGAGCAAAGGCUUCUUGGCCCUUGCAAACGGAAAGGAUGUCAUCACCUGGGACGACUUGAAAAAGGCCUCUGUCGACCUAGGGGAGAAGUUGUCAGACGAGGAGCUGCGUGAAAUGCUUGCGCAUGCGUGCCGUGGAAAGUCGUCGCAGGUGACAGAGGAAGAUUUCUUUCGAAUACUAAGGAGCUAA